GUAGAUAUAUUCAAUCUUAGGAUGCAAAGUCUGAGUUUAAGAGUGUUUAACAGUAAAAACACAAGGCCAUGUUUUAAGAAUUUGACUAUUUUUGGAUGCUACAAAAGAUGCUUUAGCAACCAGAAUGACUUUACUAAGACUCCUGCUGGCGUUCUGGAUGGAAAUACUCAUGAUUUUACUACAAAGAAAUACGACGCGAUCAUUAUUGGAGGUGGACAUAAUGGUCUGGUCUGCUCAAAUUACCUCUCUAAAAAGAAGAAAGUACUCGUCCUUGAGCAAAGAGACAUCUUAGGAGGUGCUGCUUCAAGUGAAGAGCUAGUUCCUGGGUUUAAAUUCUCGAGAUUUUCUUACGUUCUCUCACUUCUUCGGAAAGUAGUAGUUGACGAGAUCUUUGAGAAAGACUGGAAAGACAAGCUAAAAUUAUACCCUCAUGAUAAUGCUAGUUUUACACCGACUCAUGAUCUGAGAACAUAUCUAAUGCUCAACUCUGACGAAGAGAGCAACCUCCAGGAGAUCGGCAAAUUCUCAGAGAAGGAUAAGAAGUCAUUCCUUGAGUUUGAAGAGAAAUUAGAGGAAAUAGUUGAGAUAGUUAAUCCUUAUAUUGAUUCUGAACCAUCCUUUUCAGCAAUGAAUGCGAUAAGUAGCUUUAUCACCACAAGGACGAGAGUUCAGAGUUCUCUAUCUGAACUGUUCCAUAUGAUGACUGCUCCAGCCUCAGUGAUCUUGGAUAAAUAUUUCGAGUCUGAUAUUAUUAAGGGAACGUUUGCUAGUGAUGCUUGCACUGGUGCUAAUCAAAGCCCACAUUCCCCAAAUAGUUCAUUGGUCCUGAUCCACGACGUCAUGGGAGAGAUCCAUGGGAAAGGAGAAUGGGCAUAUGUCCAAGGAGGAAUGGGAGCUAUCUCGAACUACCUUACGUCCCUUGCCAUCAAAAGAGGCGUAGAUGUUGCUAUAAACUCUGGAGUCCAACACAUCAUGACUGAUUCCAAAACGAACAAAGUAACUGGAGUUAAUCUCUGGAAUGGACAGACCAUCAAGUGCGACACUAUCAUCACAAACUGUACUAAUCACAUUGUGUAUGAUAAAUUAUUAGAUAACCAAGAUAUCCUCCCUGAUGAGUUUAGGCGAGGGCUCAAGAGCAUAAACUAUGAUGCGGUCCAGGUUAAAUAUAAUUUAAUUCUCAACGAAAUUCCAAAAUUUAGGUGACUAGAACAUUUGUGGGACGAUAAUGAAACAUUUCAUGAAAAGAAAAGAAGUAUCCAUAUCAACUGUGAAGACAUGGAUACUAUCCACACUGCGUAUAAGGAGAGCAGUAGAGGAGAGAUAUGCUCUCGUCCGAUUAUUGAAAUGGCAAUUCCAUCUUUCUUAGACCCUACACUAGUUCCGGAAGGAUCGGAAAAAUUAGUCGCAAAUUUAUUUGUCCAAUACGCUCCAAAAUACUUAAGUGGAGGUAGAGAAUGGGACGAAAAGAAUAGAAAUAUUUUCAUUCAAAACACGUAUAAAGUGGUAGAUGAGUACGCACCAAAUUUCUCAAAUUCAAUUGAGUUCCAGGACGUUUUGUUCCCAGAAGAUCUUGAGAAUUUACUAGGUAUGACUGGUGGCAAUCUCUAUCAUGGAGCCAUGGACUUAAACAGCAUGUUCUUUAGUCGUCCAAUGCCUAACUACUCUGAUUAUAAAGGACCAAUUGGAGGAUUAUGGUCAUGUGGAGCUUCGAAUCACCCAGGAGGAGGAGUCUCAGGAGCUCCAGGAAGGAACUGUGCUAAAAACCUCCUCAAAUACUCUUUCUAACCGGAUGUAUUUUAUUUUCA